AUGAAGGCCAAAAGGAGAGUGAGGUCAUCCUCCAAGGCAGCAACAGCAUCCACACCAUGGCUGCUUCCUUCAAAGAGGAGGAGACCUGCCCCACUGGGGGAUAGAGGGCAUGCUGGUGGUUCUGAGGAGAACGUGUGCCCUUCACAGAUUUCUGCAGGGCAGACGAGGGCCAAAAGGAGAGUGAAGUCAUCCUCCAAGACAGCAACAGCACCCAUACCACUGCUGCCUCCUUCACCGGUGGACAGAUGGCAUGAUGGUGCGGAAGAGGACGUGUGCCCCCCACAGUUUCCGUUCUGCCCUAAGAGGAUGCCUGGACCGCAGCUUGAUUCCCAGAAAUCAUACAGCCCCAAGGAAAUCUUCGACCUGUUUUUCACUAACAAUGCCAUUACAACGCUGUGUAUCAACACAAAUAAAUAUGCUGCCCGGAAGAUUGCGGAGGGUGCAAAGAUGCGGUGGAAAGAGGUGAAGCCAUCUGAGAUGUGCAACUAUUUGAGCAUUGUGCUGUAUCUCGGCCUGGUCAAGGUGACCGCUGCAAGGGACUUGUGGAAGAAAGAAAACUUUUUCAAGUUUCCUUAUCCUCGCAGUGUCAUGAAAGGCUACAGGUAUGAGGCCAUCACAGCAAAUUUACACAUGAGUGACCCAGCUGCUGAUGUGGUAAAUGACCAGCUCCGUGGUCAGCCUGGGUAUGAUGGCCUUUUCCGCCUGAAGCCUCUUCAUGAUGACAUCCUCACGGCCUGCAGGACACACUACCACCCACACAAGAACCUGUCAGUGGAUGAGCGCAUGGUAGCCACAAAGGCAAGGAACGGGAUGAAACAGUACAUGAAGGACAAGCCCACCAAGUGGGGCUACAAGCUGUUUGUCCUGGCCGACAGCCAGAGUGGUUACACGUGUGACUUCACCAUUUACGAGGGAAAGGCGCCGUCUCCGAGUGGCAAUGGACUAACUUUUGACGCAGUUGUCAACCUGCUCAAGGUGCCCUAUCUUGGCACGGGGUUCCAUGUUUAUGUAGACAACUUCUACACCAGCACCAAGCUUUUCAGCCAUCUACACCAGGUGCGCUUUGGGGCCUGUGGGACCAUCCGGGAGAACCGUGUGGGGUUUCCACGGACAACAGACAAUGCGCUGGGCAAGAAGGCUGCCAGAGGGGACAUGCGCUGGAUACGCGAGGGCUCCUUGCUUUAUGUAAAGUGGAAGGACACACGUGACGUUACCAUGUGUUCCACGAUACACAAAGCGAACAGUGGGCAGAGUGUGCAGCGCCGUGUCCGCAACCCUGAUGGUACCUGGUCCAGGAGGGAGUUUCCUGUGCCUGAUGCAGUCAAGCAGUACAACAAGAGCAUGGGGGGGGUGGACCUCUCUGAUGCUCUCAUCAAAUAUUUCUCUGUUACCAGGAAAACAAGCCGCUGGUACCUGAAGUUCUUUCUACACUUUGUAGAUAAUGCGGUGGUGAACAGUUUCCUCAUCCACAAGGAGAUGGCAGAGAUGAAGAACCAGAAACCCCUCACCCAGAAGAAAUUCAGGAUUGCACUGUGUGAGCAGCUGGGUAAAGUUGGGAAGGAGCUGGCAUCCAACGAGGCAUCCAACGAGGCAUCCACGGACCACGUCCCAUUGGAAGCCUGCGGACUCUCCAAUGAUCCACACCUGAAAGCCACCAAGGGGAGGAGGAAGUGCCGAAUCUGCAAGUCAUCCACUAUAUGGCUAUGUGAGGCUUGUGACGUGCCCCUGUGCAUUAUCCCAGGGCGGUGUUGCUUCAGAUUUUGGCACAAGCGUGUCUGA